GUUUAAUGAAAAACGCAGCCAGGUCAUAGCUGAACCUGUGUUAUAAAUAGGUUGCGAACCUUUCGUUAACGGAUACGUUGGAACUAUUGGUUGUGCGUUAAGUGAUCAAGGUAGAUUUAUGCGAUCGUUAGCGAGCCUCAGGUGGAAUACGGAGGACACCUAUCCUGCAAUUCAUCAGCACUUAAUUUAGUUACAUCGUAGCUUGUACAGAACAAGCGGGGGACAAGCCACCUGAACUGUACUCGGGACAGGAUGCCUGGCGACCCAAAGCCCACAGGAAAUGUGGGGUGGUUCGGAAUAUGCGAUCGCAUUAAUUCAAAACAAGUAGCUGUUAUUUGUAUAUUAACAACAGUCAUCCAAACGGUUGCGUUCCUAGUUCUGAUAAUAGCAUUGGCUGCUGUCAGUACAUCUUUAACAAAACCUCAAGAAACCUUAACAUGCAUUCCUUGCGACGAAAUGAAGUCCAACGCUAACACAAACCUAGGCCCAGAAGCUGCUGGUCGUCUUGCUAUCAAACAAAGAUACGAUGGAAUGUGUUGUGGACCAGUUGAAUGCAUUACUCAGAUAUUGUUUCAAAUGGAAAUGGCAGCUCAGUAUCACUACGGCAGUUCUGGUCAAAGUCUCAUUGACAAAGCAGAAGAGUAUGCUGCCUGUGAAAGAGUUACGAACGACAAGCAGCCCAUUGCUAAAGCAGUUGGAAUUGUAGAGUUCAAACCUAGCUACAUUGUACAUGGUCAUCACAAGGUCCUGUGGAACAAAAACGGUCGAACCUUUUACACAAAACACUGA